CUAGUUGACACUGUUGACAGCAACAGUUCCGUUUUCGUACUUAAUACGGACCAAUUUAAAUAAUUGGAUUAAAUUUGUUUAUUCCUACUGUUUUAUUGAACUUAAUUUUAAUAAUGAACAAAAAUAAGAAGAAAAGUGGCAAAAAAAUGUGUUGUAUUGUAAAUUGUAGUAAUACAUACCUAACUGGUCACAAAUUAUUUAAUUUUCCAAAUCGACCACAUGAAAAAGAACUUAAAGAAAAGUGGGUACAAUGUAUUAAAAGAAUGAACAUUGAUGGAACACCAUGGCUACCUACAGCUAAUACAGUAAUAUGUAGUGACCAUUUUAUUGGAAAUAAGCCAAUAAGACAUCCGAAUAGUCUUGCUUAUAUUCCUUCUAUUUUUCCAACAGUAUGCAAAAAGCAGGUGGUUAACAGUAAUCAACAGGACUCAAGAUAUAAACGUUUUUGCAACCGUGGAAUUGUACCGCAGUCUACUAGUGUUGUAUGUAUCGCAUAUACCAACCAAGGUCAAUCAAAUAAUAUUGUAAAUCAUGUAGGAGUACAAGUUAUGUUAGAUGUUUCUGAUGUUAAAGAAUUUUCUUUUGAAUAUUCCUUUUUUAAUGACAACUGUAGUAGUACUUCAAUAACUACACCAAAUAAUUUUAUUCUUGGGCAGAAAAAAGAUGUCAAGGAUCAGUCUUGUGGUCCUAGUUCUGAACACUACAGUUCAUGUUUAAGUUGUGAAAAAUGUCAUGGUUUUGAAUCUAUAAAAAAUUAAAAUUCUUUAAAAGAUUUGACUGGAUCUUUGUACGUAUAUUAUAUAUUCAUGCUUUAUUUUAUUAUUACAUAUAUUUUCAUUUUUAAUUCAUAAGAUAAUAUACAUUAUGGUUUUGUAAUACAUUUUUUCACCUCUUAACACUUUGUCAUAUUAUUUUAUUAAACGUACAAUAUAUAAUAAUUAUUAUUGCUAUAAAAUAAUAUAAACAUGAAUAUCAAACAAAUGUUUUAUUGUAACACAUUUUUUUAAAAUAAUAAAUAAAUACUUAUAUAUGUGAAUAAUA